AUGUCAUCAUCAAAGGGUAAUGCAAACAUCCGCCAAUUUUUCAAGCCGAUAAUACAGCAGGCUUCACCUAUGACAUCUGCCCCUCCUACCAAAGCCCCACGCAAUAAUAGCCAGAUAGCAUCUGAAUCUCCACUUUCAACUAGCCCACAAUCAUCGGGCCUAGACUUAAGUACUGCUACGGAACCUAUGUCUUCUCAACAAGCUUCCUCUUCUUUGUCAGAGCCACCGACAAGCAUUCCGCAAUCUUCCUCAAACAUUUCAAAUGGCGUUGUCCCAGGUUCAGACGAUGAAGAUGAGGAUGGCUUUUCUGACAGUUCAUUGGAAGAUCUUGACGUUAUAUUCAACACAAAUCGCACAGCUUCAGCUACUACCUCUUCCUCAGCGCCAGCUCCGGCGACUCCCAGGGCGUCAAGAUCUAGAAAACCUCUUAUCUCGACUGCUAAGCUUUCUCCAUUGACCCUUAGAACCACACACUAUAAAUUUGACUUGAAACAUCUCAUGGGGAGUGCAGCUGCAGAUGCAGCGCUCGAAGCAAAAGAAAGAAGGUUAGAGGAAAUAGCUCAGGAAGACACCGAAAUGGGAGAUGACGAGCCCACCGCGUUCCAGGAUGAUAUACAUGGCAGUAUUCUACGAAAGCUGAAUGAAGAGAAACAAGACGGUGGGGGAAAGGAAGUUCAAAAGGUUUUGAAUGUUGUUAAGAGAACAGAAGAAAUGAAGGUUGGCAAUCGAUGGUACUUUUUUGAAACCAAAGAAAUUCCUGCGCUCAAGAGACAGCCAUUUCCAACUCCUUCACUGCCACAGAAUUGGAAGAAUGAUCUUUCUGAACCUCAGACUAGACAUCAAACAUUUGUGUCAGGAUUUGCGGAGAAUAUGGUUACAUAUGGAAAGAAGUUGCCCGAUGAGAUCAUCCAAUGGAUUCUCGAUGACUUCUGUAUGGAAGAGCAAAAUGACCUUCAAAAUUCUUACUUCUCCCUUCUGAGAAUAUCAGGAAGACAAGUUCAUGGUCUUGUCACUCCAGAGGUCAUUAGGAGGAUGUUUAGGUCUGUUGGUGCCACAACUACAGCGAUCACCCCAUCUGAAAAAAUAAAACCACGCCCAGAGAUCGCUAAUGCAUAUUCACAUCAACCAUGGCCGAAAGUUCGAGCUUUGAUUGGUCUCAUAAAUCUAAUAGCCAGGCCCCUCCAAGAAUCAUCCAGACUAGAAGUUAUAUGUAUACUUUUAAGGCUAUGUAUCGAUCCAAUCUUACUAGAAAGAUUAGACCUCUUAUCAUUAGUACAGAAAGCACUCCAUAACCUUUGCCUUUACAUGGAUCCAGACUCUUGGGAACAAUCCUCCCAAACAAUCUGCGCCACCCUCUUCAGCACCGUCGAACUUUCCUCCCUCCGCCUCCGCAUAAUCAACUCCAUUCCCCCCACCCGCUCCUCCCGCCUCCACGAACUCCGCCGCCGUCUAGCCCUAACAUUCUACUUCUCCUCCCUCUCAAAAUCCCUUCACGCACCCCAAAAAAUAAUUUCCAUCCCCGCUGUAACUCUCCGUCUCAGAGAACCACCAUUCCACAUAGAUCCAAACACUGAUUAUCACGAAUUUGGUGCCCUAAUUCUCCUGCUAGACGUCGCAAUCGAUGAUGGACGAUCCGAAGAUCUAGAUCUUGCAGAUGAAGAUAUAGAGAAACAGUUUAAUAAAGAUGUAGAUGAGUUAACUAAUAGACUUACUACUUUUGAUAUUAAGGCCUCGGGUGCACAGCAUUCUUCAAGGAUGGAGGCAAAGGAAAAUCUAAGUUUGGUGGAGAGGAGAAUCGAACAUACAGUUCGAACUAGAUCGAAGCCGAAGAAUAUGUUUUAUGAAGAGACGAAAAAAUUCUAUGAGAGACGGCAGGAGGCUCUAGGGGGGAUGCAAAGGAGCAUGUCCAGCUUCGUGAAGAAAGCGAAUUAA